UUUUUUUAAAGAUGGGAGUUGAAGUUGGUAUCGGAAGACAAUUUUUGAUUGCCGGAUGCUUAUAUAUAGGUCAGUUAUUGUGUGGCUAUGGAUUGGGAUGGCCGGCGCCCGUAAUAGCUCUGCUACAGAAUCCAGAGCUUACCAUAUUGGAAACUCCAAUAACAGUUGAGCAAGCAUCCUGGAUUGUAUCAUCUAGUUUUGUUGGAUUUCUCACAGGUCCCUAUGUGUCUGGCUACCUAUGUAACGUGAUAGGCAGAAAGCCUUGUCUCUACAUUGGCGGUGCAUUCCUAGGUCUAGGAUUUAUGAUCCUCGCCAUAGCUAAACAUAUAGCAAUCAUAUAUCUUGGUAGGAUCGUCGUGGGCUUCGGUACAGGAAUGCUAUUCGUCACAAAUCUAGUCUACCUUGGAGAGUUGGCGUCAAUAAGAAAUCGUGGGACUCUUCUCACACUGACAGGAUUCUCAAGUACAUGUGGUACUUUAAUAGCUUACUCUGUGGGUCCCUUUGUAUCUUAUGCAGCUAUAUCAUGGAUAGCCGCUGGCAUUGUAGUUGCUUACAUGGUUGGAUUAUUUUUCAUUGUCCCAGAAACUGCUGUUUAUCUUGUUAUGGCAAACAGGAGAGAUGAAGCGAUGGAACUCCUCACAUCACUGGGCAGAAAAGAUGACAUAGAUGAUGUAGUGGCUAAAGCAAAUGAGAAACCGAUGUCCAACAAAGAUCAGAUGGCUGAGAUGUUCACAAUAAAGUCGAAUAGAAAAGCAUUAUUUUUAAUAAUAACACUGAAUAUUCUACAACAGCUAAGUGGAAUAAAUAUUGUGUUAUCUUUUUCUACUACUAUAUUUGAAAUGACUGGGUCGUCUAUGGAGCCCCAUGUAUCUACUAUAAUUGUUGGAGUCACACAAGUAGGUGCGGCAAGUAUUGCUCCACUAUUUGUAGAUAGAACUGGACGGAAGAUUCUAUUGUUAAUUUCUUCAGCAGCUUGUUCUAUAAGCUUGUUUGCACUUGGGGCUUACUUUUUCUUAUACGACAAUGAAUACACAAUCGCUGACGACCUGCAAUGGAUGGCAUUAACUUCAGUCGUGCUGUACUUUAUAGCUUAUUUCAGUGGUUUUGGUAUCAUCCCCAACACAUUCAUAGGAGAAAUGUUCACUAACAACUGCAGGGGAUUCAGUUCCACUUUCACUGUUACUAUUGGAUGGGUUUUCGGAUUUGGAGUAUCGGCUGCAUUCGGCUACAUGUUACCUGCUUGGGGACCCAGCGUUACCUUCUGGAUCUUCGCUGGAGCCAGUGUACUGGCCUGCUUGUUUAGUGCUAUAUUCGUUCCAGAAACUAAAGGAAAAAUGUACAUAGGCCAGCUCAUGGUCGGAUACUCAUUAGGAUGGACUGCCCCAGUACUGGCUGAACUUCAGAGUCCAGACCAAACGGUUUUGGACUCCGUAUUAACUGUUGAACAAGGCUCCUGGGUGGUGUCUGUCAUUUUUAUUGGAACUAUCACAGGUCCCUACGUAUCAGGGUAUCUUUGUAACGUGAUAGGGAGAAAGCCUUGUCUAUACAUUGGCGGUGUGUUCCUGACCUUGGGAUUCUUAAUACUAGCAUUAGCUAAUCAACUAGCUAUGUUAUAUGCUGGCAGAAUUGUGGUGGGAUUCGGUAACGGAAUGUUAUUCGUCACCAAUCUUGUAUAUCUUGGAGAAUUAGCUUCAACAAACAUUCGAGGCACAUUACUUACAUUAACAGGGUUCUCCAGUACACUGGGAACUCUAAUUGCAUACGUAGUGGGCCCGUACGUGUCCUUCGCAGCCAUUGGUUGGCUAGCCGUUGGUAUUGGUUGUUCCUACAUCAUUUCUUUGUUCUUCUUUGUUCCUGAAACUGCUGUCUAUUUCGUAAUGUCCGGUAAAAAAGACGAAGCGAUAGAUCUUCUCACAUCACUGGGUAGAAAAGAUGACAUUGAUGAUGUAGUGGCUAAAGCAAAUGAGAAACCGAUGUCCAACAAAGAUCAGAUGGCUGAGAUGUACACAAUAAAGUCGAAUAGAAAGGCUUUAUUCUUAAUUAUAGUUUUAAACAGCUUCCAACAAUUGAGCGGUGUGAUUGCUGUGAUUUCCUUUGCUACGACCAUUUUUGAGCUGACUGGAUCGUCCAUGGAACCCCAUGUAUCAACUAUUAUUGUCGGAGUCACACAAGUAGGUGCAGGCAGUAUUGCACCUCUAUUUGUAGAUAGAACUGGAAGAAAGAUUCUAUUGUUGGUCUCUACUGCAGCUUGUUCUAUAAGUUUGAUUGCUCUUGGUGUUUACUUCUUCCUAUAUGAGAAUGAUUACGCAAUUGCUGAUGAUUUACAAUGGAUGUCUUUAGUUUCACUCGUGCUGUACUUCAUUGCUUACUUCAGUGGUUUCGGCAUCAUCCCCAACACCUUCAUCGGAGAAAUGUUCACAGACAACUGCAGAGGUUUCAGUUCCACGUUCACCGUCACUGUUGGAUGGGUUAUCGGCUUUGGAGUGUCUACAGCCUUUGGAUACAUGUUGCCUGCGUGGGGACCAGCUGUAACCUUCUGGAUCUUUGCGGGAGCUUGUGCCUUAGCUUGCUUGUUUAGCGCAAUAUUUGUACCUGAGACCAAAGGAAAGAGCUUAUUGGAAAUACAAGAGCUCCUUAGUAGAUAGUAUUAGAGACUGUGAUAUUAAAU